AUGGUGCGCCAGGUCCAACCGCUCCGCAUCUCCAAGAACCCUCCUUCCUCCAACUCGAACAACAUGUCUUCCGCUCCUUCUCGGCCGUUGGCUGAGAUCAGCAGCACCGAGCGAAGGAGGAACAGUCCCAGCUACAACCAGGCGACAAAGGUAAGUGCGAGAGGAACCGGCAGUGAAGGCAAGAACUACACUGACAUCCAGCAGAAGAUGAUCGUCUCGCACGACUCCUCGCCAUACACCGAAAACUCCCCCCCACCUUCGUUUCUCAACAAGCCAUCUCCUCGAGACUUCUGGUCCGGACGCGAUUCCGCCAUGUCGCACUCUCGCUUGGACAGCGAGAACACUCCCGAACGCUCACCCUCGCCUUCUCCACACAGGCGGCCCAGCGUUGAGAGGCUCAAGCAGGCCAAUCGCGUGCGCAACAGCAACAUCUUUGCGCUGGAGUCGAAAGAUGCCUACGACCCAAACAGCUUGCCCAUUGUAGAGAGGCCGAGCGCAAAUCGUCCACUCAGCCAGUCCUUCGUCACCAACAGCUUCACGCGGAUGGACUCGCUGAGGAAGGAGAACAAUCCUUUCCGCUCGCCAGAGAAGCCAACACACAAGCGCUCGGAAUCGCAGACCACCCUCCCAUAUCUCAGCCCCACGAAGGCUGCAGCGGGCGUGCCAUUGCCUGUGUCGCCAGACAAGCAGAGCUCGCCAUCGCCCACAAAGUCCGCUCUGGCACGAACAAGCCAGUUCGGUCUGCAGAGCUCUUUCGACCCAGAGAGCGGCGCAUGGUCGGACGACGAGCGCGUUCCAACACCUCGAGCCCUGCACCGUCACGCAAAGAGUGUCACUUUCCACGAAGAGCCACCAGUCAUCAACGAAUACGAGCAGCAGACGCCAGAGCCCUCAGUAUCAGUCGCAUCUGACCGCGAAGGCAGCUGGGACUCUGAUGACUUUUAUGAUGAGGAUAUCAGCUUCGAUCGCGGUAGUUCCGCUGAGCCCAUGCGAGACGACAGCUUCGAUGCGGACCUCGAGAAUGCUGACAAGACACCUGUUGUGCUUCCAGAGGACUGGUCUAGGAUGUCACCCGACGAAGCGCGCAAUAACCUUGCCAGCGACGAAGACGACGUAUUUGAUGCUGAAGAGCAUACCCAGCGGGCCUUGCUGCAGCAACAUGGCGAUCGCAUCGUGUCCGACGCCAGCGACAAUCGUCCCCUGCCUCCGCUGCCUGGGUUUAUGUCGCGAGACCGUCGUGACUCCAACGGCUUAUCUGAUGCAGCUGAGCGAGCAGCACACUCUCCACGCAAUUUGCCAUCGCCGCCAAAGCGUGCCUCUUGCAGCAAGGAGGACAUCCUGAAGAUGACAGCAAACUCCACACUCUCGAUUCAAGACCGCCUGCAGCUGAUGGGCGACGCCAACGACAGCAGGCCAAGCUCGAAGUCAUCUCAUGGCGCCGUGGAGGAACAGCAUGAGGAGCUUACCAUCACCAACCUCGACACGGGCGAAAGGCUCGAGAUGCAGGUCACAGAGACUGAGGUCGGAGACGACUCAAUGCUGGCAGAUUUCGCUCCACCGCGGAUCUCGCGCGAGUCUAUCUUAGCAAAGGUCCGUGGCACAAAGUAUGAUUACGAUGACGAAGACGACGAUGAGGUCGACCAGUCUGAAUACCAGCUUGGCCACGAUGGCCGUCCCUCGAUCGCGGAGCUGGCGCGCAUGGAUCCUGAUCAGCCUGUGCCGUCCCGCGAGGACAGCAGGGAGACCAGCGACAUCUACGACCUCCGUGCUGCAACUGCGUACGUGGAUCAGCAGGAAGAUGUCUACGUGAAGCCGGAGCCAGCGGAUGACGAAGCCAUCGACAUGGACGCCAUUCCAGAGGCCCCGGUCGAACCAGCGCCACACUCGCCUUCAUGCAUAGAGGACUACGACCGCCAGAGCUCGGUGCUGCGACAUGACAUGCCACGUGAUGACAGCGAAGAGGCUGACGAUGACACCGCAAGCCGCUAUUCUUCGGUCGAACCAGACGCUGAGAGCACCAUGAUUCACGCGCAGCCAGCGCAAUUCGAAGCGCACGACGAUGGCAAAGAGACCUUGGACGAAGCCAUGGAGCUGUUGACGGUCAAGGACUACAGCGAGCCCAGUAAGCCUCAGCAACCACAAGCGAAGCAAGGAGGUUUCCUUGGUCUGCCAUCUUACUCGAGCGCGGACGAUGACUAUGAUUUCGGGAUGAAAGACUGGAUCACUCCAUCGCCGCCCGCAGACAACUCCGCUCCUAAGGAAGUGGAGAUGGCUAAGACGUGCGAUGUCACUGCGAACGUGCCCAACCUACAACCAUCUGCCGAGUUUAGCACGCCACCUCUCGAAGCUCCAUCUGCCGAGGACACCACACCAGCUCUCGAAGCUCCGCCCACAGAGCGCGAAGUGUCGCCGCCUGGCACACCAGAGUCUGUCAUUCAUACGCAAGAUGCAGAGAGAGACAUCAGCCCGGUUGGGGAGCUACCCAGCUUCCACGAUGAAGACAGGAAGCGAGACAGCGACCCGGGUGUGCCUGAGCGUGUUGCUUCUAUCAAGACUGGCGGCAAGCUCAAGACCCGCAAGAGUGCUUCAAGAGCAGACAUGGAGGCUAUGGCUGAGCAGCGUCGGCUCGUCAGUGGCGAGAUCCACAGCAAGCCUGUGCCGACCAUACCUGCGCACUUCCAGAUGGAUGAGAAUGCAGACACAAAACUCGGUGCAAGCGAAGGCCGGCCAACAUCCUCUGCAAGUGCUGCUUCGCCUGAGGCCAAGACUGCAGAUGUCGACGAGCGUGAGAGGCAGAAACAGCGCCAGCGCCGCAAGAGUAGGAAAUCUGGAGGUAGAAUGGACCUGGAUCUUGGAUUGGAUACUUCCACUUUCAGCCUCCAUGCGGACGAGGGUGAUGAUGGGUUGGGCUUGGAGAAGGAGUUUGCGCGGGUUAUCGAGGGGUCUAAGGUAGGUGGACCAUACGGCCACUACACCGCUGGCACUAACGGGUCAACGCGACCACAGAAGGGCUAUCUCAUGCGCCAGAACACCAAGCUCGUGGUUGCCACCAACCGCAACUUCUCUGGGGAGAGCGACGAGACGGUGAAGUCUGGGAGCAAGGCAGAGCCGCCCAUGUCUCCUUCGGCUGAUGCUGGUGCGUUUGAGCGUCCGACGUCCGCGAAGGGCAGCAAGUCGCCACGGAAGCCGAGCGCGGAGCAGUUCAUGAAGACCGAGCCAUGGAAUGGCAAGCAGAGGAGGAAGAGCUUGCGGAACGCCAGUGCGCUUAAGGAUGCGCCGUUCACGCGCGAAGCUGCUCCACCCAUGCCAGGGCAGGAAAGUGUAGCGCUUGGUGUCGUUGAUGAAGACUACGCUGCUGGCUCUGCCAACUUGGACGAUGAUGUGGGUGAGGGUGUUGAGCGUGGCCGGCUGUUCGUCAAGGUUGUGGGUGUCAAAGAUCUCGACCUACCCAUGCCGCGCAACGACCGCGUGGACUUCCAGCUCACACUCGACAACGGCCUGCACUGCGUCACCACCACCAGCCUGGAGCUCGGCAAGAGCGCGCCCAUCGGACAAGAGUUCGAGCUCGUUGUGCUGGACGAUUUGGAGUUCCAACUCACCCUUACCACCCAGCUUCCGCCACCGCCGGCAAAGCACUCCCCGACCACGGCUCCUUCGUCCCCGACAAAGAGCCUCAAAUCCUCAAAAGCCGGCGGUGCUUUCUCUCGCUUCCUCUCAUCACCCAAGAAGCGCGCAGAAAAGGAGCGUCUCGAGCGCGAAGCCGCAGCCGCCGAAGAGCGCCGUGCUCAGGAAGACGCCGCACGUCGCCGUCUCGUCCGUACACCCGGGACCUGGGACUUGCUCCACAGCCUCGUGGACUCUUCUUCAGGCUCUUUCGCCCGUGCGUAUGUCAAUCUCAAGUCACACGAGCAGCUUUGUUUCGGACGGCAACUCACGGUCGAUAUUCCGUGCUACAACGAGUGGGCGCUCGAAGAAGACCCGCAGGUCGUGAACAGUGUGCGCAGCAAGCGUGGCGCGCAUGCCGGCCCGGUCAGGAGGCCGCCGUAUGUGGUUGGACUGUUGGAGCUGCAGUUGCUGUAUGUGCCGAAGCCUCGCGGGGCAGGGGAUGAGGACAUGCCCAAGAGCAUGUCGAGUGCUGUACGGGAGAUGAACAAGGCGAAGGAGGUGAAGGAGGUGGUGCAUGAAGGGUUCCUGAGUCAGCAGGGCGGUGAUUGCGCGCACUGGCGCCGCCGCUUCUUCCGCCUCUCCGGCCCCCGCCUGACCGCCUACCACGAACACACGAACCAAAAGCGCGCCGUCAUCAACCUGACCAAAGCCUCCCGCCUCGUCGACGACAAACGCACCCUCGUCGCCAACCCCUCACCCUCCAAAUCGGCCGGCAAAGGCCGCCGCAAGAGCGCCUUCGCCGAGGAAGACGAGGGCUACGCCUACGUCGAGGAAGGUUUCCGCGUGCGCUUCGCGAACGGCGAGACGAUUGAUUUUUAUGCUGAUAAUAAGGGGUUGAAGGAGCAGUGGAUGGAUGUGCUAGGCCAGGUGGUGGGGAAGGCAGAGGUCGCGGGGAAGAAGAUGGGGUGGACGGAUUUGGUGCUUGCGAAGGAGCGGGCGGGGGUUGUCGGUGGCGAGGCUUCGCAGAUGAAGGGUGCUGGGGUGGGAGGGACGGAUGUUAAGGACUUCUCGCCCCCGACCUCCACCUCCACCACCAGCGCAAUUCCUCCGCAGUGGCGUGCAGGGCCCGAGAGGAUGAACUCGUACGCCCGUAAGCCUGUCCCCGGCGGGAGUGGAGCGAAGAGCGCGCCCACUAGUCCGAUGAAGGGACAGAAUCAGCGACCUACGACUGCGGAUGGGGUGUUGGAUGUGCCGGCUGCGCGGCCGAGGACGCCGCCGAUGAAGGCGAGGAGUGGGCAUCGGAGUCGGGAUGCUGUUAGGAGUAUGAUCUUUUAG